GCAACUGUCUGUCCGAGAGCUUUAGUGUGUGCUCAUUUUUCCUUUUUGAACGGACUAUUUUAUUUUAUUUUUUACCUGUGUGAGUGUUUGAGCGACUGAGCCCUGCCUGGCGACGGAGUUGGUACAGUCAAAAUGGCGUCCGCUUGUUUCUUUUACACCGUGCUAAUCCGUCAGUGAUAUUAGUCGGCGAGUUUAUAUUUUAAUCCUUGUAUUGAGGUAUCUCUUCGCUUGGAGGGGGGUCUCGAUCUUUCUGGCAGACACUGGCCGAGCACACGGCUGCGUCAUGUCGGACUCGGAGGAGGACAGCCAGGACCGACAGCUAAAAAUUGUGGUAAUCGGUGACGGCGCUUGUGGGAAGACUUCACUCGCCACCAGGUUUGCUCAGGAGGCCUUUGGGAAGCAGUACAAACAAACCAUCGGCCUGGAUUUCUUUCUGAAGAGAAUAAGCCUUCCAGGCAAUUUGAACGUGACCCUGCAAGUGUGGGACAUUGGAGGCCAAACGUUAGGAGGGAAAAUGCUGGAUAAAUAUGUGUACGGAGCUCACGGGGUUCUCCUUGUGUAUGACAUCACCAAUUACCAGAGCUUUGAGAAUUUAGAGGAUUGGUUCAGUAUUGUGAAAAAAGCCAACGAGGAGUCCGACAUCCAGCCUAUCGUUGCCCUGGUUGGAAACAAAAUUGACCUGGAGCACAUGAGGACGGUGAAGUCCGACAAACACCAACGCUUUUGCCAAGAGAACGCCGUCAUCAGCCAGUUCGUGUCUGCCAAGACGGGGGACUCGGUGUAUCUUUGUUUCCAGAGGGUUGCGGCUGAGAUUCUUGGUGUGAAGCUGAACAAAGCGGAGAUAGAACAGUCCCAGCGUGUGGUGAAAGCGGACAUCGUAAACUACAGUCAGGAUACGGUGGCCCGAACGGUCAACCACCCUCGCAGCUCCAUGUGUGCGGUGCAGUGAGUCGACGCAAAGCCACCAUGAUGCCAUCUUGUCAAUCACUCAGUCAGUAUUUUCCUCUCAUGCUGACUUGUUCAAACUGUCAUCUGCACUCGUGUGUGUUGAAAAAAACUAUCCACUCUCAUUGUAUUUCUGUGAUUCAUCUGCUGAUCAGGGCGUGAGACUAAGAGUAAAUGAACUCUGGCAUCUGUCGUUACCCCGCAACAACAGCAGAGUGGAUUCUUGGUUUAAUGACGAGGUGAAAACCAUCAGGGUCCCACUACAGUUUUGAGACAAUUCUGAAUGUGGUGCUAAAAUUAACUAGCGCUUUGUUUUCCACAGUACACAAAUGAGCAUCAAGCAAAAAUUAAGUGUGUAUAUAUUUCUUUAGGAUUCUAGUUAAAUCGUGCUCAGCUAUUGAAAGUAUUUCCUCUACAGAUUUGUCUCGACACACUUCCUCCAAAUUCAACGGUGACACAGUGUUGAUAAAGCCUUAGAAGAAAUGUUUACAUGUAUGUAUCGUUAGUGAAGAGUGAUGUAAUUAGUAGUUUAUACACUAUAUGUAAAUGUUGACAUUUAAGCUUGUCAUCCGUUAAAAGCUCCACCGUACCCAUCGACGACAACAGAAAUAAUUAAAUGUAAAUAAAAUGAGAUCUUGCAUAUGUACAGUUUAAACUGAUGAACAUUUAGCUGGUUUGUGUUUUGAAUAAAAGUUUUAUGUUGAAAAUGAGAAUUUGCAAGUGAAUAUGGUUUCAAGUACUUUCAAUUGCAAAUUAUCAUUAGUUUCUUUGCAAUGUUUUCCGCUCAUCUAAUCCAUGCUAACAGUGAACUAAUAGGGAUGUUGAAAUUUAAGUACAAGGACUGAAACACAACCCUCCCUAUAAAGACCUAGCCAAGCCGCUGCUGGCUAAUGAUCCACCUUGUCUUUGUUCUGUAAAUCUUCGCUAAAAUACUGUCUAAAUCCACCCUGAACAGAUGAUACAAACACCUUAUAAACGCUUGUAAGCUCUAUUAAUUACUAAAUAGACUAGCCUUUUGCUACAACACGGUCUGGGUCGACACCCCCCCUUUUUUUUUUUGCCUCAUCAGUGUCACUGAAACCAGCAGUGGAUUAAGUGCCUUUGAAACCGCACGGA